AUGUCUAGCUCAUGCUUCAUUAAUGCCCUGAGACGCUUUAUAGCCUUGCGUGGACCAGUAAAGCUUUUUCGUUCUGACAGGGGAACAAAUUUUAUUGGAGCUGUGGAGGACCUUGAUGUGAAUGCCAUCAACGUUGAAGACAAUAUGAUGAAGACAUAUCUGAAGGAGAACAGAGCAACCUGGUUGUUUAAUGCCCCUCAUGCAUCCCAUAUGGGAGGUGUAUGGGAGAGAGUUAUUGGUAGUGCUCGCAGGAUUUUGGACUCUAUGCUGAUUCAAGACAGAGGCAAAGAACUUACACACGAAGUACUAGUCACGUUCAUGGCAGAGGUUUGUGCCAUACUUAACUCUCGCCCGAUAGCGCUUGAUACGGACCCAUCAUCACCCAUGGUACUGAGCCCAAACGUACUCUUGACACAGAAACAGGGGGAUAUCGGAUCUAUCUCGGAACAUUUGGGUAUCAAGGACAUGUACACAGCCAGCUGGAAACAUGUUCAGGUGCUGUCUGAUAUGUUUUGGAAGAAGUGGCACGUUACCUACUUGGACAGUUUACAAAAGAGACAGAAGUGGUACUCAAGUAAAGAGAAUCUGAAGAGCGGAAAUGUUGUACUCUUACGUGAGAAGAAUGUCCAUAGGAACCUGUGGCCGAUGGGGAUAGUCGAGCGCCCGAUUGAGAGCAAUCAUGCAAUGGUCCGGAAAGCUGUUGUACGUGUCGCCAAGGACAAGAAGGUUUACACCCGACCCAUAACCGAGAUGGUUCUUCUGCUUGAACAGUAA